AUGUCGCGAGCAACUUGCCCACUCACCUUCCCAGUGAGCUUCCAACUCCUGAGUGUGGUGCUGGUGCUGCUUUUCCAUGCAGAGGGCAUACGUGCAGAAAGCCCCAGCGAACUGCCAGUGAACGACACCGAGGAAUGCACUGGCUCAUAUAUCUGCAAAAAGGGUGUGAUUUUACCAAUAUGGGAACCCCAAGACCCCUCAUUCGGUGACAAAAUUGCUCGGGCAACAGUGUAUUUUGUAGCAAUGGUGUACAUGUUCCUGGGAGUAUCUAUUAUAGCUGACCGCUUCAUGUCCUCCAUUGAAGUCAUUACCUCCCAAGAGCGGGAAAUAACCAUCAAGAAGCCCAAUGGUGAAACCAGCAAAACCACAGUGAGGAUCUGGAACGAGACUGUUUCCAACCUCACACUCAUGGCCCUGGGCUCAUCUGCCCCCGAGAUCCUCCUGUCUGUUAUUGAAGUGUGUGGCCAUGGCUUCACGGCAGGGGACUUGGGGCCGAGCACAAUUGUGGGGAGUGCUGCGUUUAACAUGUUUGUCAUCAUUGCUAUCUGUGUUUACGUUGUUCCAGAUGGAGAGAUAAGGAAGAUCAAGCACUUGCGAGUGUUUUUUGUUACAGCAGCUUGGAGCAUUUUUGCCUACACUUGGCUUUACAUUAUUUUAUCUGUAUCUUCUCCUGGGAUUGUGGAGGUUUGGGAAGGCUUGCUCACCUUCUUCUUCUUCCCCAUCUGUGUGGUGUUUGCCUGGAUAGCUGACAGGAGGCUUUUGUUUUACAAGUAUGUCUACAAGAAAUACCGAGCUGGUAAGCAGAGAGGCAUGAUCAUUGAGCAUGAGGGUGACCGGCCCUCCUCCAAAGCUGAUAUUGAGAUGGACGGAAAGGUUGCUAAUUCUCAUGUGGAGAAUUUUUUGGAUGGGACACUGGUGUUGGAGGUGGAUGAGAAAGACCAGGAUGAUGAGGAAGCCAGAAGGGAAAUGGCUCGAAUCCUGAAGGAGCUGAAACAAAAGCACCCUGACAAGGAAAUUGAGCAACUCAUAGAGUUGGCCAACUACCAGGUCCUGAGCCAGCAGCAGAAGAGCAGGGCCUUUUACCGCAUUCAGGCCACUCGACUCAUGACAGGAGCUGGCAACAUCUUGAAGAGACAUGCUGCAGACCAGGCCCGCAAAGCUGUCAGCAUGCACGAGGUCAACAGUGAGGUGGCAGAAAAUGAUCCCAUCAGCAAGCUCUACUUUGAGCAGAGUACCUACCAGUGUCUGGAAAACUGUGGCACUGUCGCCCUGACCAUCGUUCGACGGGGAGGCAACUUGACCAACACGGUGUAUGUUGACUUCCGGACAGAGGACGGGACAGCCAAUGCCGGCUCUGACUAUGAGUUCACUGAAGGGACAGUGGUCUUCAAGCCUGGAGAGACCCAGAAGGAAAUCCGUGUUGGCAUAAUUGAUGAUGACAUAUUUGAGGAGGAUGAGAAUUUCCUGGUCCAUCUCAGCAAUGUCCGAGUGAGCACUGAGGCCUCAGAUGAGGGCAUUCUGGAGGCCAGUCGUAUCUCAACACUUGCUUGCCUGGGAUCACCAUCUACUGCCACUGUCACCAUCUUUGAUGAUGACCAUGCUGGCAUCUUCACCUUUGAGGAACCAGUAACGCAUGUCAGUGAAAGUGUGGGGACCAUGGAAGUGAAAGUGUUGCGAACCUCUGGUGCACGAGGAAAUGUUAUUGUGCCCUACAAAACCAUUGAAGGUUCAGCCAAAGGUGGAGGAGAGGACUUUGAAGACACCUGUGGGGAGCUGGAGUUCCAGAAUGAUGAGAUAGUGUAA